AUGGACUUACAGGUCACUGGGGAGCAGACCGUGGGCUUGAAGUCACAGCACGAUGCGCUCGGAUUACAGCAUCACUGGGUCGGGGUGGUGUUCAAGGAGGGAGUCAAGAUCCAGGUCGACUCCCAUCGUUCAAUUUGGAUCCUGCACGCCUCCCUCGCUCUCCACCACCCCGACCUAAUUAAGCAUACAUCUAUCCUCAUCCUCGUCUUCCAGCAGUACCUCGAUGGCCACGCCCAGCGCACCAAGCACUGGGCGCACGCUUCAAUCCCCCGGCGGCGGCGGCGCCGCCUCCGCCUUCCAGAUGUCCAGGCUUCCACUUCGAGUCCUUCCACGCAUGUCGCCGCGGACGCGACGGACAGACUGCGCGAGAUGCUCGCCCCCCACCGCGUCGUGCUCCACGACAAGGAUUGGAACUACCAGGACUCGGUCGUCGAAGUCGUCUGCGCGCUGCGGCACGGGUAG